ACCUUGCCAUCACCUCCUCGCCUAGCCUGCCACUGCCAGCAGGUGCCACCGCCAUCUCUGCUCUGCUCUCGCAACGCAAGCACACGCCCGGCCGCCUGCCACAGUUGCCAUGGCGACCAUAGCCACGAUGGCGCUGCUGAAGCCCGCCGCCAAGGCCGCGGCGCGGUCGGCGCCGUCCACCAGCAGCGGCAGCGUCUCGCUGCGCGUCCGGACGGGGCAGGCCGCCAAGAAGGCUGCGCUGUCCGUGUCCGCGUCGUCCACGCUGGCGGGCGCCUUCCUCGCGGCGCUGGCGUCGUCGCCCGACGCUGCGCUGGCGGACGUGGCGGCGGCGGACGCCGGCGGCGACAGCCGCGGCCAGCUGCUGCUCGUCGUGGUGGCGCCCGCCAUCGGGUGGGUGCUGUACAACAUCCUGCAGCCGGCGCUGAACCAGCUGAACCGCAUGCGCAGCAGCCAGGCCGUGGCCGCCGGCCUGGGCCUCGGCGCCGCCGCCGCCGCCGGGAUGGCGGCCCCGCCCGAAGCCUCCGCCGCCGUGGUGCAGGACCUCGCGGCAAUCGCCGCCGCCGCGCCCGCCGACGACAGCCGCGGCCUCCUCCUGCUCAUCGUCGUCGCGCCCGCCAUCGGCUGGGUGCUCUUCAACAUCCUCCAGCCGGCGCUCAACCAGCUCAACCGCAUGCGGUCCGACUGAAGCUAGCUAGCUAGCGUCCGUUUCCGUAUCCGCGGCGUGCGUUGUAGACGUGAAGCACGUGGUUGGUUGAUCAACGUACGUGGACGUGGCCUGUCUUUCCAUCUUCA